AUAGAUACACAGAUUGAGAUACAUGCAAAUUAGUUACUAGUGUGUGUGUGUAUUUACAUUUUAACUGUGCACAAUGGCCAAACUGGCCGUCGAGGAGUCGGUGUCCGAGGGAUCUCGCACCGACAAAGAUAAAAUCGAAUUGACUCGCUUCGGUGAAUUCUGCCAACGACACGGCAUAAAUCCCAAUUUGAUUAUGCUCAAGAUAACCCUGUUCGUCAUGUACGGAGCAACUUCUUCCCUUCUCCCCUAUUUGACAAUUCACAUGCAAUCGAUUGGCCUGACAGUGGAAGAGAUUGCAAUUAUCUAUCUGGCGUUGCCUUUCACCACUUUCCUCAGUCCCCCGAUAACAGGUUUUCUCGUUGACAAAUUUGGCAAAUAUAAACCCGUCGUUGUGAUGAGUCUCCUGCUGAAUGCAAUUUUCCAUCACUCGCUGCUCUUCAUACCGCAACAGGAGAUACCCGGAGUUGUGCCAUCGGCGUUUGUGCUCCGGCAUCCGGAUAGCGGCGACAUUGAGGUCUGGUGGUCGCCUUGUCCGAGCAGAGAGUGUCCAGAGGAACCGGAGCUGGAUUUGGCCGUGCAUCAAUGCGUCGACUAUUGUCUGAUGCAGGAGCAAACGAAUCCAGAGCUCUACACUGAUUUGCCUGCAACAACGACUAAAAGACCAACAACAACUUCCUCCACUACAACAAUGAGCGCAUUGGGAGGAAUGUCCACUCCCGGAGUAGAUGCGGGUACGGCGACAGACCCCACAUGGGUCAGUGAGACAACAAUGGCAUCAACUACAACUACAACGACGACGACAACGACGACGUCGACAACAUCUUCGCCCGCAUCAUCAUUGCCGGCAUUAUUCGCAACGCAAACGAGAAGCAGAUACCAAGAUGUACUUAAUAAUAUGUCAUCGACCAUGUUCCCGCCACUGGAGAACGCACCAGCAAUGUCCUUGCUCCUCCUUCAGCAGCAACAGCUACAGCAGGAGCAGCAGUCACCCUCAGUUGGGGCAUCCUCCUCGUCCUCGUCAUCGUCAUCGUCGUCAUCAUUAUCAUCAGCUGAAUUGUCAGCCAUGUCCAUGCAGGGAUUGAAUCUUUCCACGGGCAAUGCAGCCACCACAGACGAUGGGAAGCCGAAGGAGAGCAGCAGUUGGGUACACUCGGAUAAUUCGGAUGCCACGUACUUUAUGCUGCAAAUGCAUCCCGAUCUCGCCGAUCCCACUGAGCAGUUGGGCAUGGAAAUCGAACAGGAUGAUAACGAGACAGUGACCGAUAUCAGGCAACGUUUUGGCGAGGACCGUCUUGUGAAAAUGCAAAUCAAUCUCACGGACAUGGAUGAUUUGGAUUUGCGUUGUGGUGGCCUCGUCAGGCGCACCAACAUCUCGUAUGUUAAUGCAGGAGCUGUCAAGUGCAUGAUGCAGCGUUGUACGUUCACCCGGAAUGCCCCAGAGAUUUGUCCGCCUGACUACAAGGAAACCGAUGACACCAUUUUCUGGAUAUACUUUUUGUUGAGAUUCCUGGCAACCACCAUGCUGUCAGCUGGUGUAACCAUCAUGGAUCCCAUUGCGCUGACAAUGAUAGAGAAGUUUGGCGGCGACUUUGGCCGCGAACGUCUCUUCUCCAGCAUCGGCAUGGCCAUCUUUUCGCCCAUCACUGGCAUCAUGAUUGACUACUCAUCACGGGGCUUGGGCUACACGGACUACUCGGCGGCAUUCUAUACGUAUGAUGUGCUGCUGGUCAUAUCAACAAUGUCGGUGCUAAUGAUGCCGCUGGGCGAGAAGUUGCCGGCGGAUAAUGUGUUUAGGGAUUUGUGGAAUCUAUUGAAAAUGCCGCACGUGAUUGCAUUUAUCAUCUUUCUGUUUGUGCUCGGCAAUUUCUGGGGCUUUAUCGAGAGUUUUCUCUUUCUCUAUCUCAAGGAGCUGGGUGCGCCCAACUAUCUGCUUGGUAUAACAAUUACGGUGGGCACUGUGAGCAGCAUUCCUUUUCUGUAUGGCGCUGAGAAGAUCACACGUAUCUUUGGCCAUGUUAAUCUGAUUAUCAUCGCAUUCUUCUCGCAUGCCGGUCGUCUGGUCGGCUAUUCCUUUAUAGAGAAUGCCUGGUGGUGUUUCCCCUUUGAGGCCAUGGAAUCACUCUCCUGCCACUUGAUGUGGGUGGCGGCUGCAACGUAUUGCUCCAUCUUGGCGCCCAAGAGUCUGUUGGCCACGCUGAUUGGCGUACUGGGCAUGGCGCACUUCAGUCUGGGACGAGGCAGUGGCAGCUUCACGGGUGGCCUGCUCAUCGGACAGUUUGGCACACGCGAUGCCUUCCGUUAUAUGGGAUUGUUGGCUGUGGUCGGUGGCAUUGCUUACGGUCUGUUGCAUCUCAUUUGGCUGCGCAAAUUCGAUCACACCACCGAGGAGUCCGAGGAGGAAGUCGAGGCUGUCGAGGCAGGCGAGACGGAGAAAUUGACGGAACCGGCGACCAAAGAGCAGGGCACAUCGAUGUCGUUGGAGCGUCUCAGUCUCAUGAUCAAAUACAAUCAGAUUGGAAGUCUGUCAUCGCUGCCGCGCGGCUCGCGGGCGGAUAUACACGACCAUUUGUCGGUGCGUCGCAGCAGCUACAACGUAGAGUCGCUGCGGGGCGUGCCGAGGCACGGCAAUAUUGGGAGCAGCGCAUCCAAGGUGGAUAUACUGCGUUCGGCUCUUGAAAUUAAUCACAAGUCCUCGAACAAUUCGAUGCUGAGCAAAGCCGAUAACAAAACGUCAAAUCAAUCACUGGGUCGCAAUCGUGCCGACAGUGCGCCCAAAUUGAAUCACAGCAAUCUAAAGAAUAUUUCACAACCCGCCCUCGAGGGCGUUGUAUUAGAGGGAGUGGAAUCAACAUUCUUUCCAAGCCGCAUGAAAAAGUAUCCAAGUGGUUUGUUAACUUCAAUACCCGCUGUGGAUUUAUCUGUAAUACCCAGCUCCAUGUUAAUGGAUCAGGAGGGUCCCAAGGUAAUACCCGAGGAGACCGAGUUGAACUCGUCGAAGACCACAGUCGCUGGCAGCGCGGAGGAGACAACAACAACACCGGCAGUUCAGAGCACGCAGCUUAAUGGGAACGGCAAGGGUCCGCAGGACAAUGACAAUUGAUUUGAAGCCACAACUAACGGGGCGUAUAAGUGAUAUUAAUAAACAAUAAACCAAAUGAGAAAUUAAAUUACACAACAAAUAACAAUUACUAUUUGAAACUUAUAGAAUAAUAUCUCUGUUUUUUUCUGUGUGAAAUUAUAAACGAAUCAUUGUUAAUUGUUAUGAGUAAAAUGAAAAUAUAAAUGUGUAUUUUAUUGAAAACCGUUCGCGAAUUGUUCGAAAUUCGCCCAGAAAUGUAAUUGAUUUGCAUUCGUGUAAAUUAAACUAUAAUUGUCAACAGAAA